UGGUGGGCAUGCAAAACACUCCAUUCAAUUUUAUUUCCUUUGAAGGAGAACACUCUGCUCCUCACUCAAACGUGUCUAUGUACUUGUCGCUGUCUCAACAACUUCUGAUGCAACCUAAAGCAGCUGAUACACCUAUAUAACUGCGUACGUAGAGCCACCAUCUUCAAGCAAACUCCAAAAUUUUAUUCUUCUCUCAAAAAUGGCACCUCUUUCAGAAGAGUUAAUCUUCCGCUCCAAACUCCCCGACAUACCCAUCCCCACACACCUCCCUCUACACUCUUACUGCUUCCAAAACCUCUCCCAAUUCCAAAACCGCCCAUGCCUCAUCAACGCCGAUACCGGCGAAACCCUCACCUAUGCCGACGUCGACCUCACCGCCCGGCGAAUCGCCGCCGGCCUCAAUAACAUCGGCAUCCGUCAGGGUGACGUCAUCAUGAUCCUCCUCCGCAACUGUAUCCAGUUCCCCCUGGCCUUCCUCGGCGCCUCCCACCGCGGCGCCGUCAUCACCACCGCCAACCCCUCUUACACGCCGGCAGAGCUUGCCAAACAGAUAACGGCGACGAAAUCCAAACUCAUCAUAACGCAGGCCGCGUACGUGGAAAAAGUAAAGAGUUUCGCGGAGAACAACGACGUUACGGUGAUGUGCAUUGAUUCGACGGAAGAAGACGACGUUAUGCAUUUCUCGACGUUAACUAACGCUAACGAAACGGAAGCCCCUGCCGUUAAGAUAAACCCAGACGACGUCGUUGCGCUUCCGUUUUCUUCUGGCACGUCUGGGUUACCCAAAGGAGUGAUGUUGACGCAUAGAAACUUGGUAACGACGGUGGCGCAGUUGGUGGAUGGUGAGAACCCGCACCAGUAUACGCAUAGGGAAGAUGUGUUACUGUGUGUGUUGCCUAUGUUUCAUAUCUAUGCGCUGAAUUCGAUUUUGCUGUGUGGGAUUCGUGCUGGUGCUGCGGUUCUGAUUGUGCAGAAGUUUGAGAUUACUACGCUGUUGAAGCUGAUUGAGAAGCAUAGGGUUACGGUUGCGUCGUUGGUGCCGCCUAUCGUUUUGGAGUUGGUUAAGAAUGGAGAAGCGUUUCGAUACGACCUGUCGUCUAUUCGCGCCGUCGUCACUGGUGCGGCACCCAUGGGCGUUGAGCUUCAAGACGCUGUCAAGGCUAGAUUGCCACACGCCACACUUGGACAGGGAUAUGGGAUGACAGAAGCAGGACCACUUGCCAUUAGCUUGGCAUUUGCAAAAGAGCCGUUUAAGAUAAAAUCAGGUGCGUGUGGAACUGUUGUAAGAAACGCGGAGAUGAAAAUCGUGGAUACAGAAACGGGUGCUUCCCUUCCAAGAAACAAAGCCGGCGAAAUUUGCAUAAGAGGGACAAAGGUUAUGAAAGGAUAUCUAAAUGACCCAGAGGCUACAGCGAGAACUAUAGACAAAGAAGGAUGGCUACACACAGGUGAUAUUGGUUUCAUCGACGAUGAUGAUGAACUCUUCAUUGUUGAUCGGUUAAAGGAACUAAUCAAAUACAAAGGAUACCAAGUAGCUCCUGCUGAGCUCGAAGCUUUGUUGAUUGCCCACCCAAGCAUUUCUGAUGCUGCUGUUGUACCCUUGAAGGAUGAAGUUGCCGGUGAAGUUCCAGUUGCAUUUGUAGUAAGAUCAAAUGGUUCUACGAUCACCGAGGAUGAAAUAAAGCAAUACAUUUCACAACAGGUGGUAUUUUACAAGAGAAUCAACAGAGUUUUCUUCACCGACUCAAUUCCUAAAGCAGCGUCCGGCAAAAUUCUGCGGAAGGAACUAACUGCAAGACUUUCCCAAAGUUUGGUGAUGGCCAGUUAGAUCCGUGUGAAGAAGACAAAGACACAACCACCCGUGAUCUGCAUGUGCAUGUAUAUAAGAAAGUUGUGGUUGUUUUACUUAGCGCACCUUAGUCGCCUCCUGUUUUGGUUUUUGUUCCUAUUUUCAUGUUUCAUCAUAAUACAGCAUGCAAGUUGUUGUAUUAUGUGUUCCUGUUACUGUUUAGUGUUAAUUGUAUGUUGUGGUACGCAAUCCCGCACAUAUGUUGGAGACCGGACUCUGAAUUGCGCAGUAUGAACACAUCAAAACUAUAUUUUAAAAACAAAAAGUCACUGUGGAGAAAAUAACACUACCCUGUUUAACUGUCACUACUAUAUUUAAGGUUUUUAGCAACAUUUGUUAAUUAUAUUUAUUAAAAUGUUAUUACUCCUGUUAACAAAGUUGAUUUCGCAACAACAAUUAGACAAAAUUGCUUAUUUGCUUCUUUUUAUUUUAUUUUAUAUGGUAUUAAGACAAAAUGGAAUUAAUGUAAGAGAGUAAUUUUGCCACAUUUGAUGUGGAAAUUGUCGAAAUCAUGAGUAUUGUGGUGGUUCAAGACCAUAAAUUUAUUAAUUUAUCUUACCAUCGUGAAAGAGAAAUGGAAUGCUAUUAAAUUGUGAAUUGAAGCAUGAAAAUAGAAAGGAAAAAGAGUCAAGGAUGGUUCAACCACUGCAACAUACGCAUUAUCCUCUCCAGUCCCCAGGUCAACGCCUGCCAUCAAGGGGCAGGGUGGACAGAGUGCAGGGGGUUUGGAGAAGCAGAGGAGGGAGGUUAAAGAUCUUGUAAAACUAUAUUUUGAAGAUGCACUUUUGCUGGUUUGGAAUUUUGGAGUGUUUUUAUUUUAAAGAAAGAAGAAAAAUUAGAGAGGGAUGUUUAAAAAUGAUUGUUUUAAUGUGUUUAAGGUUGCGUAAUAAAAUUUAUAUAUAAUAUUUAUUUAUUU